AUGCCCUGUGAAGGCCUCCGAUUCCUCCAUCUCCUUCAGCUUCUGCCCUUUAGAAAACCCAAAACUGGCAGGAACAUGGUGCCAGGGACACAGAGGCCCACCCUAACACAAGGGGCCACUCUCAGAAUUUUAGGAAAGCCGGCAAACUCUGGACAGCUGCCCAUUGGGGCCUGCCUGCCCAGUGACCCCCGGCCCUCUGGGCUGCUUCCUGGCCAGGCCAACUUCGGCAAACUUGAGAGCCCCGAAACCAGCAGCCGUCCCGGCCGGCAGCGCCGGAGUCGCCCGGGGACAAAAGCUGGCGUCGCCGCGGUCAAGGGCAGGGCCGGACCGGACCCGCCAAAGGCCGAGAGCGCGGCGGGAGGAGGCGCAGUCCGCGAGCGCCCCUUCUCUGCCGCCGCCGAGGCUCCCCCGCGCCCCGCCGGCCGCCCUGCGCAAAUACCUGCUCCGUCCUCCGGCCGCCGCGAAGCUCCAGCGCCGCGACUCAGCCCGCUCCGCCCGCCAGCCGGGAACAAAAGCCCCGCCGCGCCCCAGCAGCCGGGAUCCCGCCCUGCCGGAGAGGAAGCCCCGCCGCCGCCGGCUCGGGGAGGGGGCGGGGCGGGGUCUCCGCCUCCCCUGCCGGGGAGCCCCUCGGGAUCGCCUGGCCGGGCAGGGCGGCGCCAGCCAGGAAGCCGAGAGGGCUUUCCCCGAGACCCCCCCGCCGGGGAAGCCCCUCGCCCCGCAGAAGCCAGCCCGCCAGGGCAAGGCCGGCCAGCCGGGUCCCCUUCGGGGCGGGCGGGUCUUCCGAGCCGCCGCACCUGCAGUCCCGUCCGCGGAACGAGGGAGAGCCAGCGAGCGGUGGGGGUCGAGGAGGGGCUGGCGGAGAGAGGCGAGGGCAGGUCGGGGCCGCCCAGGAGCCUCCGCGCUGCAAGCGAGCUGCACGGCCGGGCAAGGAGCGCGGCGGCCCCGGGCAAGAGACGCCUUCCCGGGAGCUCCCGCGCGCCCCGCUGCAGCCCCGAGGACGUCUCCGCCGCGGAAGGCGAGGGCCGGCGGGGCGGCUCCGCUGGGGCUCCCACUCGCCAUCGGCCCCCCCAAGGGCCCCCCUUGCCCCGCCAUUGCCCGCUCCGGGAGGACAAGGGGGCGAAAGCGGUCGGGCUCGGGAGGGGCGUCGCAGAGCGGAUUGCAAAGCGCAACCGACGCCGUCAGAACCGCGUUCCGCCCGAGCGAAGCCCCCGAGCCCAGCCUGACCCUCCCCGCUCAACGGAGGCCGGCAGGCCGCGCUCAAAACGAGCGAGCAGAAUCCUGCCCCCCUCCCCCCCGCAGGCCGCCCCCGGAGGGAGCGGGGAAGGCGCGGCGCCUGCAGCCUCGCUUUGUGCAAGCCAAGAGAGGCCGGAACCGAAACGGUGGGACCUGAAACGAAAACGCGACUUUGAUGGGGAGAAAAUGCUGGUCAGCCGAGCGACGGGGCUCCUCCGGCCUGGCAGCCCGUGUCCUCAGCCCCGGGGCGGGGGGGCUUUAGGCAGCAACUCCAGCUUGGAUCCUCCGGGAGCCCCGCGCACAGCAACGGCCCGUGCGCCACCGCCCCCCGCUUCCCAAUACUCUUCAAGGGCGGCCCCUCAGAGGCGCCGCUGGGCUGGCCAAGGGCUCCCCGCCGCCCCCUGGAGAGCCGCGCCAGGAGGAUCCCGCAGGCCUCAGCGGCCGAGAGAAGCGCCGGCUUCCUGGCCGCUCAGGCGUGGGAGACGCGGCUGGGGGUCUCCCGGGGUGCCCAAGUUCAGUGGCGGGCAGAGGCCGCUGCCUCCCGGCUUCCUCGACAGUGGGUGGCAGGGAGCCAAGGAAGGCGGCGCGGAUCUGCCGAAGGGCCCCCGCGGGGUUGGUGGGGAGAAGAAGCGGGGGGGGGGUGUCUGUUUGGGGUCAAGAAGCCGCCGCAGCGCUGCCUUCUCUGUCUCUCAGCCCCCGCAGCCGUCUAGCAGCAGCUGGUGGCGGGGCCGGAGGGCCAGGGGCAGAGAAGCCGAGCGCCAGUCCUGCUGUGGCCGAACGUCCUUCCUCUCCCCCCGGGUGUGUGAGGAAAAGAGCCCGGAGACCCCCGGAGCUCCCAGCCGCCUCCACGCUAAGCUGCAGCCUCCCCGGGGCUCCGCAGGCCCCCUGGACGCGGCUUCCUUGGGAUCUCCAGGGCGGAGGCGGGCGCUGCGCGCGAGAAUUGCAACCCCGGAGGCCGCGACCCUCGCCGAGGCUUCCCACCCUCAGCCUUUUCGGCCGCAGCUGCCUCCGUUUUCUCGAGGGCGGUCGGCCCCCGGUGAGGGAUCUGCCCCGGCCAAGCAAGGGCCCCUCUCCCCCCCCCGGCCAGGAUUCGCAGAAGGCCGAACCGGGUCGCCUGUGAUGAGCACCUUCCGCCCCCCGGAGCCCCAAAGCCCCGCUUGCCGGGGGACCCGUCGAGAAGGGAUGUUGGGCUUGCAUCGCCGCAUCGCCCCUCCCCCACGCUUGGGAGGAGCCUGCCCAGGGGGAUCCUCCACCCCCCCCCGCACAGCCGUCGUGAAGGAAAGGAGGGAGGGGGCGUCGGGAGACGGUUGGGAAAGCGCUUCCUUUUCAGCCAAGAAUAGCCGCGAUGCGGGAGGUUCCUGCGCCCCCGCUCCCCCUUCUCCCCCGCCCGUCUGCAUUUCCCCGCUCGGGGAAGCCCGGCUCUGCGGAGGAAUCCCGCCCGCUGCCUCGUGA